CCACACUGUAGAUGUCUCCACAAUCCAUAGAUCCAGAUUUGCAGCAGCUUCAUACAUAAACCAUAGAAGAAAAUAACCAGGAAAUAUUACACUUCAACAUGAGGAAUCACCACUGUUUUCCUGGGAGAAGUUAAUGGAGCUGCCAGCAUCAAACAGGAUGGAGAAGGUGAUCAACUGUUUCAAGAAAAGACCAGAUGCUGUGGCCAGGCUGAUCUGCUUCCCCUGGGCAGGAGGAGGGUCCAUACACUAUGCACGCUGGGGAAACGUCCUCAGCAGCUCUGUGGAAGUGUUUGCAGUCAAACUUCCAGGCAGAGAGAGUCGAGCCAAAGAGCCGUUCUUUCAGAGCAUGCAGCAGAUUGUGGACGAGGUUAUUGGCGUGUUGCUGCCGAUGCUGAAAGAGAAGCCGUUUGCUCUCUUUGGCCACAGUUUUGGUGCUUUCACAAGUUUUGCAGUGGCAGAUGCUCUGAAGAAACUCCACAACCUCGAACCAGUUCACAUCUUCCUGUCUGGUGCCUCUGCACCUUAUUCAGAGACUCGCAUCACAGCCCCGAAGAGAAGCGAGUUAUCAGACGACGAUUUCCUCAAGUGGUUGAUUUCGAUUGGAGGAACUCCUCCCGAGCUCCUGGCCAACCCCGAGGUCCUGAAGCUCUUCCUUCCCGCCCUGAAGGCCGACCUGCACGUCGUAGAGAACUACAGGUGUAACAAGCCAGAUCAUCCAUUCCUGUCCUGCCCGGUCACAUGUUUUGAUGGAAAAGACGACAUCCCUCAUGACUUACAAGCUUGGAAAGACAUCACAUCAGGAGAUUUCACCGUCAGGAUGCUCGAUGGAUCUCACUUUUACCUGAAGGAAUCUGGAAAUGAAAAAAUAAUAUUAGACUAUGUCACAAAGCAUCUGGAAACAUCAGAGAUGGACUAUUUAUAAUGAAAAAUGCACAAUUACAGCAGCGUAGUAUAGUGAAGAGUAGUGUUUUUUUAAUGCUUUAAACCUUGCUUGUGAUAAAUUUAAUUUAAUAAAUGUAACUUAACCCUCUUAUGUUCACAAGCCUAAAUAUUACAUGUAGAUGCCUUGUUAUAGUCAUAAUCUCAGUCUCUUUUAAAGGAUAGCUCUUUGGAGUCAGAAGUCAGAAUUAGCCCACAUGAAACUGAACCAAACAUGAAACUGAACCAAACAUACAACAGCUCCAAUUCUCCAUAAUUCACAGACUCACUGUUUCUGAAACUGAGGCAAACAACGAAUAAACAGCUGGAGAUUUUAAAAGCAAGGUAUCAUGGAAUCUGUUCCUGUUGAAAUAGAUUUAAUCUAAAUUUUUGACUCAGUCAGCAGCUGAACACUCGUGAUGUUCUUUCUACAAUGGAAAUGAAACAUUGUUCAGAAAACUUGUUGCAAAAGUUCUCACAAACACGUUGUGCUUUGUUUUCACCUUCUGUCCAGUUCAUCCCAAACUAAGUCUGGAGACUGUGAAGCCACUGUUUAGUUCUGCUCUAAUGUUUUGGGUCAUUAUCAUGUAGGAUGAAACUCCAGCAACAUAAUACACGUUACUGCAGCACAGUAUAAUACUAAUACUGACUUUGUACAGACAGAGGGUUUGUAACUCAUCAACAAAAGUGUAUACACCUGUAGAAAUCAUUUACAUUAACUUCCAAGACUUCAUGAACUGCUUAAAUUUCAAUAAAUACUGGGAAAAUGGA